GGCGGUAUGCCAAUGGGUCGAGCUCGAACUUGCCAGACAAGUGACUCGACGGCGAGGCAGCCUGCUGCCAUUCCUGCAUCUAGAUCAUCAUCUCACUUUAACUACUCGAUAGGACGCCCCCCAAGAUGUCUGGCAAAACGUUCAAUUGUCUACCGCUACACGAAACGCUCAACCUUUACAUCUCCCCGACUGCCUAUGUCUUUGAGCCAUCCUCCUCAUUACCUUCUCUCGCGGUCGAUGGACCGAGCCUCGUCAAUGAGAAAGACACGAGAGAGGCUCUACAUAUCGAUAGGCGAACCGGACAGAUGAGUUUGAGCACGGAUACAUCCGUCCCAUUUGGUAAAGACAAAGUCAUCACUUGUUAUGGUAUCAUCGGAGUCCUGAGUCUCGCUACGACCGACUUCCUGCUCAUCAUCACUGCUCGAUCACCCUCCUGUAGACUUCUCUCUCAUCCAAUCUACCAAGCUACAGACUAUAGGCUCCUCCCGCUCUCAGCUCUUUCCUCGUCCACUGCUAUCCUCAAUCAUCCAGUAGAGAGAGAACUCAUUCAACUCGUCGAACAGGGUUUGAGAUCGGCUUCAUUGUGGUUUUCGUACGGAUGGGAUCUGACCAACACUCUGCAGAGGCAGUCGGACCUCGAGGAGAGAGGCACAGGGGUCGGUCAGUGGCCGCUUUGGAAGAGGGCAGACGAUGGAUUCUUCUGGAACAAGUUUUUGGCCCAAAGGCUGAUUGAUUCGACGGAGAAGGAGGGCGUGGAUCUGAGUCGAUUCAUCCUCCCAAUCAUGUACGGAUUUGUCGAGCUGCGCUCGACUACCAUCAACAAUCGCGAUCUCCUCUUCCUCCUGAUCUGCCGCCGAUCUCGCCACCGAGCAGGAACGCGAUACUUUUCUCGAGGACUGAACCAAUACGGUCAAGUGUCCAAUUUCAAUGAGACGGAACAGAUUGUCCUGGUCGACCCACUGCCUGCCGAUGGGGAACAACAGAUCAGACGAGGCCGAGUGGAUGGUAGAGAGCGUCUGAGUUUCGUCCAGGUCCGAGGCAGUGUCCCGGUGUACUGGGCUGAAAUCAACAAUCUACGGUACAAGCCUGAUCUUUUGGUCAUGGAUAAGCAAGAGACCACGUCGGCCAUGAAAGCUCACCUUUACUCCAUGAUCAACGCUUAUCAACGAGUCGCUCUGGUCAAUCUGGUCAACCACAAAGGUCACGAGCUGCCCGUCAAAGAGGCGUUCGAACGAAACAUCGCAGCUUGCGCUGCUUCUGAUCCCAUGCUAGCCGCCAAUGUGAAUUACAAUUAUUUCGAUUUCCACACGCAGUGCAAAGGCAUGCGAUUUGACCGUGUCUCCCUCAUGAUCGAUCAAAUCCAGACUUUCUUGGAUGACUCGGGAUGGUUCCGGUCCAUCACGCCUCCUCUGGCGCCGACAGGUCAAUCGGGAGGUCCUACUGCCGUCUUGGGCAGACAAAGCGGAGUGGUCAGGAGUAACUGCAUGGAUUGCUUGGAUCGAACCAACGUUGCUCAGAGUGCCUUGGGCAAAUGGGCACUGAACAAGCAAUUAAGGGAGUCGGGUAUACUCAGUGUCAAGGAGAGUGUGGAAGAUCAUCCAGAAUUCAUGUCCAUGUACAGGAAUGUGUGGGCAGAUCACGGAGACACAGUAUCCCGAGCGUACGCCGGCUCAGGUGCCCUAAAAUCCGACUAUGUUCGAACAGGAAAGCGUUCAACAGAGGGAAUGCUGUUGGACGGUUAUAGCUCGUUGAUGCGGUAUUUCCGGAACAACUUCCUCGACGGAGACAGGCAAGACGCGUAUGAUAUCCUGACGGGAGCAUGGGUCGCUAAGAGGGGCGGCAUACCGCCUCUGACGGAUACCAGGCCACUGUUGAUGCGAUCGAUGCCUUACAUUCUCGGCUUUGCAUUGACAAUGAUCCUUGCUGCUAUCGUUCUGCCUCGAUCAUCUGGUAUGAGACAUAGUGCAGUGUCUCGAACACGUCGCUUACUUAUCACAGACCUAUCCAUCACUUCUUUCCUAUUCCUCUGGGUGGCGAUGGCCAUGUUCUCCGGCUCAUACAUCUGGGGCAAUGGCACGAGCUACGUCUCUUGGCCUCGAUUGAACCCUCCGAUAGAAGUCUUAUCUUACAAUGGUCCAGGAGCUAGGACCAAAGUCCGAGGACGAGGAGUCACGGUGGCUAAUAUGAUUCCUGCAUUGUUCAAUCGUUCAGGCUCCAAGAGAAGCAAGAAGCCCGAAGAGGUUGAGCUUGGAAGAAGGAAGGGUGCGUUGAUAGAUUAGACCUAGUGAGAUGCGGGAGAGGACCGGUAUAUAGACUUGAGUGAUGUCAGUGAUGUCAAGGAUGGACACAUGAGAGUUUCUUGCAGGCUUCCUAUCCGAAGCACAGGGCCAAAAGCU